AUGGCAACAGACAUCGAAGGUGCUGCCCGGAGUCUGGUCAGCUCCAUGGCCAAGUCGGCCGGGAGUAAAGCUGGAACAUGUACACUGUCCGUCUCUGUAUACGACACCGCCUGGGUUGCAAUGGUUGACAAACAGGUAAACGGGGGCUCGGUUCCCCUAUUCCCCGAGUGCUUUCAGUGUCUCUUGGACGCCCAACUACCAGAUGGCAGUUGGGAAUCAUACGCCGGCACAGUAGAUGGCAUUUUAAACACAAUGGCAGCAUUGCUGGCCUUGAAGAAGAGAUGCAAUGGAACCCGCGGGUUACCCAACAUAGACUUGAAGUCACGGUGUUUCAGGGCGGAGACUGCCUUGAGACUCAUGUUUGAACGCUGGGACAUUACUCAAUGCGACCGCGUUGGUUUCGAGAUGGUGAUCCCUUCUCUGUUGAGACUACUUGAGCAGCACAAUACACAGAUUGACUUCUCUGGGCGCGAGCUGCUCAUGCAAAUGCAUGACGAGAAGAUGUCGGGGCUAUACACGCGGCUGAGUGGGCGCGGUCAAACGACCCUGAUUCACUCGCUAGAGGCUUUCGUCGGGAGACUUGAUUACGGCGAGAUGAAGCAUUACCUGUCGCCGGGCGGGAGCAUGAUGGGCUCACCAUCGUCCACUGCAGCGUAUCUCAUGUUCUCGCCGUCCUGGGACGAAAGGGCGGAGGCGUACCUUCGUCUUGUCACUCACACGCCGAGUCACGCCCGGCAGAAAGGAGGAGUGCCAUUUGCAUUCCCUACCACCAUUUUCGAGCUCUCCUGGGUCACCGUCACGUUGUUGGAAGCUGGCUUUACUGUACAGGAUCUGGGUGAGAGCAAUGUUGGAAUUGUCAAGGACUUCUUGAGCGAGAAUCUCCGUCUAAACAACGGCCUUGCUAGCUUCGCACCAAACUUGCUUCCGGAUGCUGACGAUACUGUCAUGGCUCUGUCGGCAGUCUACCUCCUAGGAGAGAGGGUCAGCCUGAAGCCCCUGUUUGAGACAUUUGAGGUCCCGACACAUUUCCGCACGUACGAAGGAGAGAGGAACCCCAGUCUUUCGGUCAACUGCAACGUACUGCUCUGCCUUCUGCGACGUCAUGAUGUCUACCGCUAUACGGCGAAAGUGGCAAAAGUAGCAUCGUAUUUGACAGAGGCUUGGGACGGGCCUCUCUUCAAGGACAAAUGGAACGAGUCGGAGCAGUACCUCACGAUGCUUCUCGCCAAGGCCCUUGUCCUGUUGCUUGCUCGCCGUCGGGCAAAUGAGUUGGAUGGGCUCCUGAUAGGGGAUCUGAUGGUAGAGGAGCAAAUUCCAGCGAUGCUCCUCGACAUUGUGAAUCGUCUCUUUUGCAGCCAAGAAAAGAACGGAUCGUGGGAAUCAAAGCACGAAGUCACGGCGUACGCUCUCCUGGCGCUGGUGGCACUGGCCGACCACCCUUGGAUGCCCGCAGUCGACCAGGAGCUACGUCUGCGUCUACGCAGAGGCAGAGACUAUCUUCAGAAGUCCCAGAGCUCUUGGGGUCAAGGGAACCAUGUCUGGAUAGGGAAAGUUGCUUUUUCUGUCUCCAACUUUUCUGCUGCCUAUUGUCUGGCGGCUGUGAAAGCCACCCAGCAGCUGUGCCUCGGAUUUCCAGCAGCUAGACAGGAUUAG